GCGAAAGGUCACACUGUCGGGCGAAGAUGGAUCCGGCGGGGACUGCGGCGGCGCUCCGUGACUCCAUGGAUCGGCGGAGAACAGCCGUGUCGGCCCCACGACCGACUUCCCCCAAGCCGCACACCCUUCCACCUGUCUCGGCCGCAGUCGUGGCCAAGAACACCACCGACCUUCUCUCAGCAUACAAGCAAUUUCACAAGGACAAGCGAAUUCAGGCCAAAGCACAACAGCGCAUCUCGAUUCUCGCGGCGAAACCACCUCCGAUCAUUGCGUCGCUCCCGCCGUCGCAGGACCCUGGGCUUCGAAUGGCAAGAGAUCGCAUCUCUGCGAAAUCAUUCAACCUCGCGUCGUCGUCCUUGCCAGAGCAGCGCGCCUCGCCGAACGUGCCACCAGCCAACGGCGUCAAGCAGGACUUGAUGGACGAGUACAACUUUUCCCCAGACGAGAUUAAGGCUAUCAUCAAGACUCAAUGCGCGAUUCGGCGGCACUUGGCGAAGAAGAAAGUGCUGGCCAUGGCAAAACCCGCUGAAUACGUCCGAUUCGUGUGCGAGCGUCUCUUCGACGAGUGCUGUCGGACAGAGCCACUGCCGGAUGGGAUGUCGACGCACGAAGACGGGUACAUCGUCGUCGGGGGACCCAACUUGCCCCGUAUCUUGCGCAUUCUGGAAGACCCGACCAACAUCAACUUGGACUUGCUCCAGAAGCAUACCAUUGAUCGCAUUACAGUGGCUCAUGCAGCGUGCCAGCGUGGCUACCUCGAGCUACUUUCGUUGCUCGUUGCGUUUUGGAGCACGCAGCCCCCUAGCUCGGAUCGUUGCGAGGAAUCGUCCCACACAACUCUGCUGUACAAGCUGCUGGACCAAGUCAACCAAGCCAAGCGAGAGGGAAAACUCCUUCGGGAAUGCGGUCUCGACGUGAUCGAAACCAUUAAAGCCUUGGGCCUGGCACCCGACUACGUGUUCAACGCAAUCGAUCAGUUCCAUUUCAAGGACGUGACUCUCCAAGACAUGUUUAAAAUCUGCGGCCACCCCAUCGUCCGUGCCCGCGACGUCCAUGGAAAUACGCCACUGCAUUACGCUGCCGAAGGUGGCUACGUCAACGUGUGCGAGUUCCUGCUCGAGCAUGGCGCAUAUAUCAACGAACAGAAUGUUCGAGGCGAAGCUCCGCUGCACUUUGCAAUAUCCAGCAUGCACGAGUCGGUGUGCGAGCUGCUCGUGCGGAGGAAAGCAGACGUAACGAUUGCGCGAUAUCGCGCUGUGGAGCUCGACACGGGACAGCGCCUUCGCGGUGUCAUCGUGACAGCGCCAGCAGGCGAAGAGCAGUGCCAAAUGCUGGCGGAAGGCGCUGCAGUGCUAGCAAAAGCGCGGAAACCCAACACAGAUGUCAAGCCAGCCACACCGGCAACAAAACGCGUGAGCCCUGGCAAAACAACCACCCGUUUCGUCCAGGCGACCGUUGGCGUGUGCAUGCGGCAGUUCGACCACGACGAUCCGCGGCUGGGUGAAAUGGUAUUUUUCCGCCUCGCGCCGUCCUUAGAAGACACCCGGAACCGCAACUCGCCGCUCGUGAUCUUUUACAUUGGCACGCAUAUUUCGAUGCCGCGGUACAAGAUCGCGCUUGCGAGGCAGUCGCAGACCAAGAUUCUCCAUCUCUUGAUCGUCAACAUGCCCAAGGUUGCGUACAUGGCCAUCGAUCACUUUCGCACGCCACUGUUUCGAUGUCGAGUUGUCCCAGGCAUUCGAACGGUCGGCCAGAGCUGGCACACAGAGGGCUGGCUUUCCAACGACGAUCGGCGGAAGAAGCUUGUGCACAAAAUGAAGCAGAAGGGGCCACCCGUGCGGAAAGCCCCCCGCCGACGCAAGUGGCUCUUUUACAUGUACCAGGCCAUCUUGAAAUGCUGGGCGUUCGUGCUCGGCCACCGCCCAAAGCGGCGGUAUCGAAAGACAGACAGCGUGAUCAUGGACACAGUACUCCAAGCAGUCGGCAAGUCCACGGGUAUCGUGUACGAGUACCGAUACGAAAGCGAGACGAGCUCCGGGUCAAGCCCGACGUUUGAACUCAUCAUUAAGUCGGAAUGCAAGGAACUGAUGGCCCAUCCGUGGGUGCAAAAGCUGCGCGACCACAAAUGGAAUAUCUUUGCACGCAAGCACUUUAUGCGCCAACUGCGCGUGUACAUGCUCUUCUUCUCGUCGUACUUCCUCUCCAUUGUGUUGCUGGUUGGGGAUACGUCGAUCGGGCUGAAAGAAGGCGGGUACCAAGCGCCGCUGUUUGGGACGAUGGCCGGGCCACUCGACUACUUGCGCGCAAUUGCGUCGUUCAUUUGUUUGAUUUUCACGGCGCAAUACACGUGGCGUCACAUACAAGAGAUCUAUCGCGGCGGGUGGCUCCUCUUUUUCACAUACUGCGCCAAUAUCUGGAAUAUCUUUGACAUGGUCCUCCUCUGCGGCAUCUGGUUCACGACCAUCUUGGACUUUAUCGUGUACUUUCGAGCGUCGCCCGUCGCGUGGGACACGUGGAGCGCUUCCGCUUUUAUAUACGAAGACCAUUUCCGCGUCAAGACGUACCAAGAGUCGACCUUCAACGUUGUCUUGUACCGCGAGUACGACUGGCACACGACCAUCAUGUGCAUCACCGCUCCGCAAAUAUUUAUACGGUGGCUGCAGUUUUGUCGUGGCAAUCAGACGCUCGGGCCGUUUGUUCGCAUGAUUUAUCAAAUGAUGGGCGAUAUUGCCAUGUUCUUGUUCGUGUUUGUCCUGUUCCUGUUUGGGUUUGCUUUUGCAUUCUACGUUCUCCAGCUGAACGGGUUCCGCACCCUCAUGAGUUCGACCAACUCGGUGUACCAAAUGAGCUUGGGGCAAUGGGACUGGGCAUCGAUUUCAGCGGGCGGGCCGGUCGCGGUCAUGCUGUACAUCUUGUACACGUGCUUUGGCACGAUCAUGAUGCUCAAUCUCCUCGUCGCGAUGCUCGGCCGGACGUACGAAGACAUUUGGGACGACCGGUUGCUUUUUUUUCACCUCGAGCGCUCGCAAACGAUUCUGACCGUACAGCACAAAAUUGACCCUGACAAGUAUCGACGCAAGUAUUGGUGCCAGACGCUGUACGCGUUGGAGGGCGACGCUGCGAUCCAAGGUAUUCCGUACCAGCAUUUCGACGACUGAACGCGCUACUGGCGGCUGCAUUUCAUCUCCGCCUGAUCGCAAGUACUUCUGCCACUUCCACGCGUUCGCGGGCUGUCGAUAUAGUGGCAUUCAAUGCAGCCGAAUCUACAACAGGGGUGUGAGGAUGCAGAACCGGUAGUUGAGGUCUUUUUGCCUCAGGGAAUGCGAAAUGUUUCUACUCCUUUGUACCCAUGUCCUA